UUACAGGGUUGUACAGAAUGUUGCCGGGAAUAGUGAAGCAAUUAUAUUGGAUCGCUUAACGCCGGGAACACAAUAUUCAAUCGGUGUCACUGCAGUAUGGCUGGGUAAAAAAUAUCGCAGUCGUCAAGUUAUAUUCAGAACAUUAGAUUUGCCAAAAGCAUUUACACAGGAUUUAACAAAUGCUGGGUCUGGCUCUAAUGGUGGCAUGAGCUUAGGAUCAGCAACAAAUUUUAGUGGUCGCUCGAGUGCGAAUGGCAGUGAGGAUGGUGUCACCUCUACCGCGACAAAUUCAUUGUCACAUGGCACACACAGGGAAUUACCAACGAUACGUGGUGUCGAAAUUGGUAUCGUACUGAUAGUUUUAAUGGUUUGGGCUGGAGCGAUAGCUCUAUUUUUCAAUCGUUGGGGCAAAAUACGCAUGCUGUUGCCUUAUCAACCAGACUACAAGCAUGAACAGUUGAAAGUACCCGGUACGGGUGUGUGCAGUGGAGGUGUCUGUAAUGGCCAACAUUCUCAUCAGAAUUUACAUCACGAUUUGUUCGUUAAGUGUAUACCACGCUGUGAAGGUUGUGGUAUAUUCGAUCGCUGUUUUCAAUAUCCGAGACGUGAGUUGGAACGUGAUUGUGGAUGUCAAUUUGCACUUUUACACAAGGCCGACGUAGAAAGCUAGCAACCAGCAAUUGCCGAUGGUGAAGAAGUCUCACCAUCGGAAGGAUAUCGGCGUGUUGAGAGUAUCGAUAGCCAAGCAAUGGCCAAUAGUUCGGCUCUGAACACACCUCAUCAUGAACAUGCCAGCAACAUGAGUAUAAAUACUAACCGAGAGGAAGCAUUCGUCCUAAGCGACAGAGAAACGGACGAGAUACUAAGGGAAGAUGAAGAUGGAGAACAAAAGGAUCUAAUACAGCCCGAUUAUAGACGACAGCCGGCGGGCAAAGUCAAGAGUGAACACAGAAUGCGCCAAAAUAAAUAUGCCACACAACGCAGUAUACUGAAAAAUUCCCAAGACAAUACAACCACAACAAACGAAGAUCAAGAACUGUUAGAGGCCAAAAAACAAAUAAUUUUACGCAGACGUAGACUAUUCAGUCACUAUCGCCAAUACCAAGAGUGGAGACGUAGACAAUUUAGUUAUGAUCCCUGCUACUAUCGUGCCAUACCACCGCCAAUAGCACCUUCCAUUUGCGGUGGUAUAGGUGGUGGCAUUAGUGGUCCCAUUACUGGCGGCAUUGGUGAAUAUUCCAUGCAUACAACCAAUCCGAAUGCAUUCCGUCGUCGCCGCCAGUACCGACGACAGUUUUCAUGUGCUGAACGUUCGCGCGAAGAUUCACGUGAUAGUCGUGACUCUUCACAUUUACCCAAAUGUCAUAGCAUGGCUGCCAGUGAUACGAUACGCACUGAUUCUACUACAUUAAAUCAUACGAAUCCCACGACCGAACGUCACAGUUUUGAUAGCAGCGAAUGCGGAGCACUCGCCUAUCAGCCGUUACAUUGUAGUCGUCACUUCCACGUCUUUCAAGAGGAACACUCGACAUCGAUAUCGGAACGUAUAACCCGUAGUCGCAUUAAUUCAGCCAUUUUUGUGUCAUCGGAAGGACGAGGAUUUGAUUCCAUCGAAUUUUUGCGACGGCAUGGAUCACAAAGUGUUUUGUGUCGUAAAGCAAAGAGUGCCGAGAAUAUAACGGACAAUGGCAGAAAGAAAAGUUUUGCUGAAAACCGCCAAUGGCAUACGGACGACAGUAAUGGCAAUGAUGCCCAGCAUGAUAAUGGCAUUGAAAUGCAUGAUUGCUCAAGAAGUGUGGAGAAUCAUCCGGUAGCAAUUCUUAAGACAAAUGUAGAAAAGCUAUUGGCAGCUACAAGUGUUUUAAGUCAUUCAGCAGCAGUAACCACUUCCAAUAAAGUAGUGGGUAGUAUAUCAAUAGAAACUCCUCCAUCUCAUAUCAGGGAGGAGCAACAUAAUGCCGUGGCAAUACCAGUGCCACCAAUACCGCCGCCAUUGCCCCCACCACUACCACAUCCUACAUUGAGUUCAGCCAAAACGGUUUCAUUAAACUCAGCUUCCCAUGAUUCUGCCGACACUGUAGAAGAAUUGGUUUCAAUACCAUACGAUGUAGCGACGACAAUGUCUCCAGCCAUCAACUCAAUGCCCAAGACAUCUAAAGUCCUGGUGCGCCAACGUUCUUCUACCGCUUCGCCGGUUCUAUCAUCUGCGCACAGUAGUCCUAAAGCAUUAAAAUUAAAAUGCAUCACACCUAAACUAAGUAAUCUACCGAUGGUUUCGGUGUCGGGCCCAUCACCAUCGCCAUCCGAUGAAAAACCGCCACCUGGUGAAUGCUUGUAACAAAUGGUAGCCGAAACAUUUAUUUAAAAUUGAAAAAACAUCCCUGCAUCAAUAACAACUACCAAGUAGAUAGCAAAUGUUUAAAUAGAAAUGGAAUGGAAUCGAAUUGACAAUUACUUAUUGAAAAGAGAAAAAAAGAAUUAAAGUACAGGAAGGAAAUGCCAUGAAAUAAAAUUUGGUUAUCUAACUUCUUGAUAUGAAUUGUAACAAUUUUUCAAAAUUUUAAGUAAAAUUUAACAAUUCAUAUGAAAAGUUGAGAUUUUCAAUAUUUUAUCUGUGGUUUAACAAGUUAUAAGAUAAUUUUAUAUACAUUUUAUAUGAAUUUUUACUUUUUUUAAAUUCUUGAUGUCCAUUUGUGUGUAAUUAGUCGGUGUUUUUUUUAUUUAGUUAAAUUAUUAAAAAAAAAAUAAAUAUUAAAGUCAGCAUUAAAGCUGGUUUGAAAUUUUAUAGUAAUAUAUUAAUUGAAAAAUGGGCAAUGAUUGAUAUUUUAACGAUUUUUUAAUUGUAUUAUAUCCGUAACAGAUUAACAUUUAUAUUAUAAAAUAUAUUUUAUUAAACUAAUAAAUUAAAUAUUACAAUUUUUAUGACCCUUUUUCCAAGUUUCUGAAUGACUCAUUUGACAUCAAACAAACUUUUUUUGAGAUUACAUUCUCACUUUGUUUUUGAAAUAUUUACUUUAAUAAUUAAAUUUAAUUGAAUUUAUCUAAUUUUGAAUAUAAUUUUCAAAAUAUUCUAUUCAAAUCAAAUAUAUUUGUAAUGCCUUGUUGUAAAGACAGAGCUAGAUUCGUUAUAUCUCGGAAAUAUGACUAUUUCAAAAACUUUAUUUAUUAUCAAUGAAAUCAAGACCUGAUUAUUAAUUUCUAAAAUAAAUAUAUUCUUUAUUUUAGUUAUUUAGAAUUUUUUACAAAUUUUCAAUUUAAAUCCUACAAUUUCUGUAAAUAGUCUAAAAAUCUAAAUAAUAUGUGUUUCUGUUAGAAUACGUUCAUGAACAAUAAACAAAUGGUCAAUUACUUGUUUAAUAUUAUAUACAUAAACAUAUAGAUUAAAAUUUUUAAAUACAUAAUUAUUUUUGUAGCCUUCUGACAAAUUUUAUAAGUAACAACAUAUUAUAAAUAAUAAAACUAACAAAUAAAUGUUCCUUCCAAUUUCUAUUAUCUACAAUUUUAAAUAAAUGUUUCGGUUAAUCAAAUUUUUGGACGAAACUCUAACUUAAAUAAAAACUAAAGUUUCAAAUUUGAGAAAAAAAAGCUUUAAGAUAAAAAAACUGAAAAUCGAUUUUAAGCUUUAAAAUAAAAACUUUAUAAAAUUAUAUGUAUAAAUGUAUACUAAACAGAUACAUACAACCAUAAAAAAUAAUUUAGUCAUAAUUAAAUUUUUAAUACACACACGAUUUAAUUUAAAAAAAGUAAAUUACAUCCCAACAGUUCGACAAAGAGUCAAUGCAUCCGAAAAUGUCAGUCAUUUUUUCACUAACGUCUAACCACUUAGUUGGCCCCCAUUCGUCUUUCGUCACGAAUGUAUUCUUUAUAAACGGGAGUGAAGACUGUCGUCACAUUAGUUUGCCCUUUGUAAGCGAUAGCGGACACAGUCAUCACCUUAUAAAUUAAUAUUGAGUGCUUUACGUGACCACCUGCCUUAUUGGGCUAUUUCAUUGUGGUCUUUUUCAACCACUGGGUGAUCUUCUGUGACGACUCACCACCGUACGUAUAUGGAAUUUCCGGUCCAGUAUACGUGCACUUUGCCCAAGUACUUGAGCUAUCUAAUCUCUGACCAUUGCUGCCCCGUUGCUUAACUUCCGAGAUGCAAAAACAUCAUUUCCGUUUACAAACACGCAGAUGGGAUGGCCUCUGUUGCGUCGGCAACAGCACUUAGAGACGUAAUCGGUAGACCGAAGUACGAAUCCAUCAAAUAAGAAGAGACUUUGUUCUUAGUCACAUGGACACACUGUGGUAAAUCUGGUAUGAACAGAGUUUACUCUGAACAUACCUGGACAUGGAAGGAAAAUUCAAUGGUAUCACUUGUAUAAGAUACCGUCCAUCCUUCGCCAUUCAACCCUGCAUACGUCUCAUUUAUCCCACAUACUCAUAAGAAAACAACAUACGACAGACUCACUCGAGGUAACGGGCGGAUGAGUUCCGUAUACACCUAUAUUCAUCCUGUAUCAUAUACAUUUAACAUGUUGUCAUCCGGCAACAGCACCGAACUUAUCCUGAAAUAUAGAUUUCACUGUGCAUCAGUCUUUUAACCGCAAAGAGUGGACACAUAAAAAACAAAUGGGCAAUGUCGUGCAUUGAAUCCUUUGGACUAGCUUUCUGACUGUCCCAGCAGGGCAGUCGGUUUCUUAAGUGGUAUGUUAAAUAUGUAGUUCGGGAUUGUCCAGCCGAACUGUUGGGAUAAUUAGGGCAAAACCGUAUGUAUGUAAGUGUAAAUGUCGCUAAUUUCAGUCAGAGAACGUCAUAAAACAAUAUUUGUUGUUUAGUUAUUCUGCUAAAUUUUCAUUUGGGUAAUUUUAACUAUUUGCAAUAUGAUAAAAUGUCGAUAUAAAUCUAACAUUUGCUACCUAUCUAUCGCAUCAGCUUCAAAUCUUUAUCGUUACAAUUUCAAAUAAAUAUUUUGAGCUAUGGCGUUCUUAUCUCAUAAUAGAGAUAUAUUUAAAGUUUAAAAUAAACAUUUUUUAAUUGAAAUUAAAUUUUUACUUGUUCUAAUGAUAAAAAACUACAAAGAGAAAUCAGUUUAUAAUAGAUGUAAGCUAUUUGGCGAUUUAAGUACUAAACCAGAGUACUUUAUCCAAAUCAAGAAACAAUAUAAUUCUUGCAAAUCUCCACAGAAGACAGAAUAUGAUCGCAAAACCCUAUAAAGAUUGCGAUUUCUUAUUUGUUUUUUUUUUUUUUUUUAAUACAAACUGUUUUCAAAUAUUUUUUUGAAAUUCCCCCAAUUGAAAGAGUUUUUAUUUUUGCGGGAAAACUUAACAACCUAAAACUAGAGAAACUAAUGUACAUAAGCACUAUUACAUACAUACAGUAUCUUUCAAAACAUUUUAAAUUGAAUUCGCAUUUUACCACAUUUAGUCAAUUCUGUUAAAUAAUGACAUUUACAUUUCAACAAAUUCUUAAACAAAUUUUAAGAUUAACUUUUUUUAAUUUGAAAUGUUUUGAUCCAAAUUGUAUAUAUAUAUAAAAUUUAAUUAAAUCAAUACAAAUGGGCCAAAAUCUUAAAGUAAAAAAGCAUAUCACACCGAGUUUUAAAGGAAAUGGCACAAAGGCAAAAUACACUAUAUAAAUAUAUAUAUUAAAAAGAAAUAAUUAUAAGAAUUAUUAUAAAAAAGAACAGAAUAUAAUUAUAUAAAAUAUUUUAAUGUUAAAAGCAAAGAAAGCAGAGACCAACCAAAACUUAUGUAAGUAGGAAUUAAAGAAAUAUAAAUAUAUAAAAUUUAAAAUUAACAGAAAAUAAAAAUAAUGAAAACACAAAAAAGUUAAAUAACUUUUCGGUUAGACAUUAUAUUUUUUAAUAAUGUUUUACAUUCAUAAUUCAUGUAGAGAUUGUACUAAAUACAAUUUUAUAAAUCCUUUUAACAAACUCCCUUAUUUGAAGGAACAAUGGUGUAAGCUUUACUUAAAAACAAAUAUAUAUAUACAAUAUGCAUAUGUAUACAAAAAACUACAUUAAAGAGGAUCGAUUAUAAAAGAUUUUUAUUUCAUUGGAAGAAAUAUAUUAAAUGUUUUUUCUGAAAAUUAUUCAAUUUGUAUAAAAAUAAUUUCAAAAAGUAAAUCUAAAGAAACUUUUAGAAUUCUACGACUUCUAUUCACAUCCAGCAGAUUAUUUCCAAGCGAUUAUAAAAUUUUUUUGGCAAUCUUCCUUAUCUUACUAAACAUAUCCAGCAAAAAUAAUGAACUUACUCUGACAAAAAGGGAAACGAUAUAUAAUUUGCAAUGAAUUAUAAAUCUUUAAGAAGUACUUUUAUUUCUGGCUGAUAUGUGUAUGUCCUAUAUAAUUUGUAUAUAUAUGUAUGUAUAUAUAAACCUGAUUUAAUAAAUAUAUAUAAAAAAUAACCAAUAAAAUUAUAUUUAUAAUAUUAUACUUAAAUAAUCCGUUUCAAUAAAGAAUUUUAGAUAAUAUAUUAUUUAUUUAAAUAAAAUUUGUAUUAUACACCUAAAUAAAAAUUCUACACUCAAUGGAAACCUAAAGUACCAAAUCUACUUAUACAUGCAAACAUAAUCUAUCUAUUCCAUAACUCCAUAAAUGUCGAAAUAAUUUUCAUCAAUACAUUUUAAUCUUAAGAGGAAUUGUAAAAUAUAAAUUAGGGAAUCAAGUAUUUCAAAAUAGAGAAUUUAGAUAAAUAACCCCCAUAAAAUUUAUUUAGACAUUUGAAGCGAAUUUAUAUUUAGUGGAACCUUAUAAUUUUUUAAAUUAUAAUUUCUUGAUUUUGCAAAAACUAAAUUUAAACAAAUACAUAAUCAAAUAUUUUCUACCUACUAUAAAAAAAACUUUUCCAGUUACAGAAAUAUAUUUUUUUAGUUUCUUGGUUAAAACUUUGUCUUUGUUUUAUAUAUUUACAAUACCUGCUCCAUACAAAUUUUAAACUAUUAUUGGUUUUAAUUACAUAUCUCAGAAUUCAUUUGAAUUUGCAAACACUUCAUACA